AUACCCAACACAACCACGACAUGGCCAACAUACCCCACACAACCACCGACAUGGCCAACAUACCCCACACAACCACCGACAUGGCCAACAUACCCAACGCAACCACCGUUAUGGCCAACAUACCCACCAUGUCCAACAUACCCAACACAAAGACCAACAUAUCCUACACAAAGACCAACAUACCCAACACAAAGACCAACAUACCCACCAUGUCCAACAUACCCAACACAACCACCGACAUGGCCAACAUACCCCACACAACCACCGACAUGGCCAACAUACCCAACACAACCACCGUUAUGGCCAACAUACCCACCAUGUCCAACAUAUCCUACACAAAGACCAACAUACCCAACACAAAGACCAACAUACCCAACACAAAGACCAACAUACCCAACACAAAGACCAACAUACCCACCAUGUUCAUACCCAACACAACCACCAACAUGGCCAACAUACCCACCAUGUCCAACAUAUCCAAAUACCCCAAGCAUCUGUGGCCAUUACCAGCAAACCGUCUGUCCUUAUGCUGGCCGGAAGAAGCGCAGUAAUGGACAGAGGAGAUGUGCCUUGGAGGGCCACUGCCCCCACGGGUACUCCUGCUGCCCCAAUGGAUGCCCAGGACAGAGCGUGUGUGUCUUGGCCUUGCCCUCGAACGCCACAGUGCCACAGGUCCACAGGGCAGUGCCACGUCACCAGGUGAAUGUGAGCCUCGUCUUCAGUACAGCCAGUCCCUUGUCCUACUGGCUACUCCAAUACCAGGUUCUCCCCGUCAUGGCAGCACUCUUCCCCUUCGUCAGCCUGGAACAAGUGCCCGUCAGCAAUGGGCAACAGGACGGCGAGUGCCAGUACGGUGCCCCCGAGUGCCUGGGGAACAUGCUGGUGUCAUGCGCGACUUGGCACCAGCGGAACCAGAGCGCCGUCGUCGCCUUCGCCGCCUGUCUCACGAUGGACACGGCGCUGGUGCGGGGAGGGAAUGCGGCGAUGGUGCUGAAGAAGGCGCUGAAGUGCUUGCAAUACCAACCCGAAGUCUGGAACAAAGUGGUGGCGUGUGCGAGCACCGACGAGGGUCUGAACCUGUUCAUGGCGGCUUGGAACCGACAGAAGGAGAUCGGAGUCGCCUAUGACGGGAGUCCGGUCGUCGCCUUUAAUGGGAAUGAAUUUGAGAUGCUCUGA